AUGAUUUGUUUCAUUACAAUUUUUUCUACGAGUGAAGCGGAUCUAAAUGGAAUAUUUAAGCAGGAAUACGAUAAGAAAACAAUCGAUUUGUUUGUCAGUGGUUCAUCAAAACAAUAUAUAAACGGCUCGAAACAAGUUACAAAACCAGAAUAUGCAAUCAGCCCAUGGAACAAGCGCUACGACUGGUGCUCAAAUUGUGGUGUCAAUUAUGACGAUCAUCCAUGGAUCGGAUUUUCGAUCAAAUCGAAGAAAAUAAGAUUUAAUAGUUAUUUUAUUAGAUGUGGUUGUUGCUACGAGGGCUGCUGCUGUGAAGAGUCCGACUAUUGCUUUGAUUGCUGUUUAUAUUCUUGGUCUCUGCAGAUUUCUAAUGAUAAUAAAACUUGGACCGAAGUUCACAAAAUGAAAGACAAAGAAAUGAGAAUUUGCAAAGAGAAAACAUAUAAUCUAGACAAAAGUUACGAAGCUAAAUACGUAAGGUUGAUACAAAAUGAAGCCUGCCCAGGAGAUCCUCCUUGCAUCGCCAUUAACAGAAUGGAACUGUUUGGAGAUGUAAUAGAUGAUAGUUCUAUCGAUGACAACUUCGUUUCUUACCAUGAUGACGAUGAAGAUGAUGUAAGCAUUAUAGGACAUAUUUCUAAGAAUGCAAGAGUGUAA